AUGCAGCCUCAUGACCUUGCGCUCAACACCACAUCCCCCAGAAAGCUCUCCGUCAUCAUCAAGGUGUGUGCGGUCAUCCCUUUCUUCUGCGUCUUCCUGUGCUGCAUCGCCGUCAUGCUCCGCGUCUUCGUGUCCCACCGCCACUUCCUGCACACGUCUCGCUACAUACUGUUCACCUGCAUGCUCAUCAAUGACACCAUGCAGCUGCUCCUCUCUGUGCUGCUCUUCGUCCUGGCCAUGGGCCAGGUGAAGGUGGUCCUUGUCGUCUGCAUCCCCUUACUGUUCAUGUCCACCGCCACCUUCCAGAACACGCCCUUGAUCUUGGCCGCCAUGUCUUUAGAGCGCUACGUCGCCAUUGUCUAUCCCCUGCACCGCCCCGCUAUGUGGCGCUCGGAUCGGAUCUGGGUGGUCAUCCUGGUCCUGUGGAUGAUCAGCUGCAUCUUCCUCAUCAUCAUGUACUCCCUACGGGAGCCUGACCCCAGCAGAGACGUCCUCUCCGCGCCUUUUCUGUGCAAAGAUUCCAUCAUCAACUCCUCCCCGAUGCAGACCAUCUUCAAGGCUGCCGCCCACGUGCUCUUCUUCGCCGUGGUGGCUGUCGUUAUCCUCUUCACCUACGUGCGUAUCCUGCUGGAGACCAGGAAGCUGAGGCGGGACCGGGCCUGCGUGAGCCGCGCCAUGCACACGGUGAUGCUGCACGUCCUCCAGCUGCUGCUCUGCACGCUGGCCUUCACGCACCCCAUCACCGAGAGCCUCAUCGUGCUGCACGCUAACUGGUCGAGACAGGACGUGGCCUUCUUCAACUACUUCUGCUUCAUGCUCAUCCCCCGCUUUCUCAGCCCGCUCAUUUACGGUUGUCGUGAUCAGAGCCUGCGAGGCUACAUCAGGAAGACCUUCAAGCCGGAGGUCAGGGCCUGA